GCCCACCUGUUGAUCACUUUAGAUAAGCUAUUACCAGCAGGACAGUGGGGUGGGAGGAGGUAUUGUUUCAUAUUCUCUGUGUGUAUAUAAAGUCUGCUGCAGUUUCCACGGUAAACAUCCGAUGAAGUGAGCUGUAGCUCACGAAAGCUCAUGCUCAAAUAAAUUGGUUAGUCUCUAAGGUGCCACAAGUACUCCUUUUCUUUUUGCGAAUACAGACUAACACGGCUGUUCCUCUGAAACCUGUCACUCUCAGGUGGGUUUUCUCACUCUUGAACCAUUCUCCUGGCUCUUCUCUGGCCCCUCUCUGAUUGAUCGCUGUCCUUCCUGAACGGCGCACACCAGAGCUAGACACAGGCUCCCAGCAGUGGUCGCACCAAAUCUAGAGGUCAAACAGCCUCUGCUCCAUCUUAAGAUUCCCCUGUUGACAUGCCCCAGGCUCGCACAGGGAGCUCACGUUCAGCCAUAUAUCCGCCACGUCCUCCCAGGUUUCUGCAGGGUCCCGGCUUCCCACAAGAGAGUCCCCCGGCCUGGAAACACGGCCAGCGUCCUUUAAUCCCAGGUGGCUACGGUGAUGUUUAGCCGUGGAUUUGUGACCUUUCUCUAUCGGAAACCUCCUGCACAUCCGAGGUUCGUAUGUCUCCCCGACAAGCAACUAAGGCCGUCCUCCUCCCCUCGACUUCACACAGAACCGUGGGUCAAGUUCGGCGCUUUGCUCUUGUCUCCCUGGCCAGGUCAGAGCGGCUCUAAAAGAAUCUGUAGCUGCAUGCCAGGCUCAGGUGGGACGCUCUAUACUAAAGACAAGACAUCGGCAGGACAGGGCUUCAUCUGGGGCUGGGUACCCCAAGCCCCGACCUUCCAGCCUCCCCGCCUCCAGGCGAGUUUCACCAUCGACACAGAGCGACCUGCGUGUUCCACAUCAGUCCUACCAGAACAAGCCGCUCCACCCCUGGGCGAGGCGGAGGGAACAAGCGAUUCAUGACAGUCUUCACGUUGGGGACGGCAGACAGGAAGAGCUCGGGGCACCACAGCGAGAGGCGUGGGAAUGUCCUAGAUUAUGGCUGCUGCAAAUUGAAAAGCCAUCGACACUCGGCCACGUGAGGCUGGAAGGGGCCUUGAGGGGGUGUCCGGCCCAGCCCCCUGUGCCGAGGCAGGACCAAAUCCACCUAGAUCAUCCCUGGCAAGGGUUUGUCCGAUGUGGUCUUGCAAAUGCCCAUGGAUGGGGAGCCCACAGCUGUUCUGGGGAGCCGGGUCCAUAGUUGAAUUCUCCUCCCCAUUCGAACAUUUCCCCUGAUUGCUCACCAGGAUCUCCGUCGCCAGCAACUCAACGAUCGAUCCCCAGCCUCCUUAGACCAGCCUGGUACGCCUCUGUAGGCCGCUAUCGGCCCUCCUCAGCCAGCUCGUCUCUGGCUGGACCAGGCCUGGUUCUUCCGCCUUUUCCCCAUUGGCUGGGUUUUCUAAUCCUCCCACUCAUUUGGCUCCUCUCCUCUAGACUCUUUCCAAAUGUGGCCAAAUCUCUCUGAAAGUGCAGCACCCCAGAAUGGAGCUUCCCCCCUACCCGGACAAGCAAGCCUUCCUGUGGCUCACACUCGACCCUCCUGUGCACAGGGCACAAGUGAUCCAGUUUGUGAUCCACUAGACACCCCUCCGUGUGCUGUUUUGCGGCACCCCUGCCUAGCCAGCUAUUUCCACCUCACUGGGCCACUGAUUUUCCCUUCCCAGCGCCGUUCUCUGCGCUGGUCUGUUGCGAAGGCCUUCUUGCUGAUUUCAGCCCCAUUCGCCAAUUUUUCAGACCCCUCCCAGUGUGGGCCCAUCCGCAGGUAUCCCAGGCAGGUCGGGAAGGAGUCGGGUUUGAAGUGCUCAGGGUCAAUUUCUCAACCAACCGCAGACUAUGGCCGUAACCCUGGAAACUCAGUGAGAGGCUGAGUCAGGAAACCGCUGCUCGUGCACAAUCAGACUUUCACUGGGUCUCUUCCUGCGGGUGCUGGGGCCCGUUCGGGUUUUAAGGAGGAGCGAGCGUUAACUCUCGGACUCCUGGUGUCUGUCCUCACUGGAUAAUUAGUGACUAAUUGUCUGAUUUCCCCCUCCCCUCUUCCGCCAUCCUAGUUCUGCACCGAUGUGAACAUGGAAAUCGGCAAAUCUCAAGAAAGUGUUAAAGUGAAGGCCAGCCCCAGGAUGUUCAAGGAAUAUUUCCAGUACAAGGGGAUCAGCUUCCCCAGGCUGAUCUACUCGGAGCAGGGGCUGCGGGAGGUGGAGAACGAAUUCCAAGUCCAGGAUGAUGACGUCUUUAACGUCACCUACCAGAAAUCAGGGACCGUCUGGAUGCUGGAGAUCCUGAGCCUCAUCCACAGCAAUGGGGACCCCAGCUGGUGCCGCACGGUCCCUAACUGGGACCGGGGGCCCUGGUAUGAGACUGUCUUGGGCCUCCAGAAGGCACGGAGCAACCAGGCACCCCGGCUCAUCAGCUCCCACCUGCCCGUCCAGCUCUUCGCCAAGUCCUUCUUCCAGUCCAAGGCCAAGGUGCUGUACACAUUGCGGAACCCCAAGGACGUCUUUGUCUCCCUCUACCACUUCGCCCAGAUCUUCCGCCCCUACAAGGAGCCGGGGCAGCUGGACCAGUUCCUGGAGCAGUUCCUGGAGGGAGACGUGCCCUUCGGCUCCUGGUUCGACCACGUCAAGGGCUGGAUGGGCCUGCGGGACCAAGAGAACUUCUUCUGGAUCACCUACGAGGAGCUGCAGCAGGACCUGCGGGGCAGCGUGGAGCGGAUCUGCCAGUUCCUGGGCAAGCCGCUGGAGGCGCGGGCGCUGGACGGGGUGGUGGAGAACGCCUCCUUCCAGGCCAUGAAGCAGAACAAGAUGUGCAACUUCAGCCUGGCCCCCGGGUUCCUCCUGGACCAGACCCAGAGCUCGUUCCUGCGGAAAGGGAUUGCCGGGGACUGGAAGAACCAGCUCACCGCAGCCCAGAGUGAGAAUUUCGACCGGAUUUACCGGGAGCAGAUGCAGGGGCUUGAUCUGAGCUUCCCCUGGGACGAGCCAAGCCCCCAGCCCUCCCCACCCUCUACCAACUGCUCAGGCCCCUCACCGGGCAGCAGCUGAGACAGGAGGGAGUGCAGUGCACUGGUUAGAGCAGUGGGGCUGGGAGCCAGGACUCCUGGGUUUCAGGUUUAACAAUCGAAAACAGGACUCCCAAGGGCGGGGAUAGGGGUGUCCUUGGGCAGUGGGGUGCAUGUUGGGUGCUGGGGGUCAGGUGUCCAGGAGGAGUAGGAUGGGCCCAGGACUCUGUGUUCCCAGUGGCUCCCCGUGGGGCGGGUGAAGCUCAGUAGUUGCGCUAACCACUAGACCCCACUCCCUGCACCCUGUGAGGCCAUGUUAGUGGCCCCUCUGGGAGGUCUCUUGGGAGAGGAUGGAGCUCCCCCCCGCCCCCGGCAGGAUCCCUGCCCCAUUUAGCCCCCACAAGGUGCAGAGGGAGUGGGAGAGGGGUUAGUUCAGUGUGUGUGUGUGUGUGGGGGGGGUGUCAAGGGUCCCCCAGGAUCUGGCCUCCUCUUAACCUGAGAUCUGUAGUAAACACAGAACAAUAAAACUCAUUUCUCGCUGGGUACCUAAUGUGGCCACUCAGGGGGGAGGGAGGUUGGUUGUCUGGGGAUCCCUCACCCAGUGUUGGGCCAGGGCCCGGCAGCGGGGGCUGGGUAUACAGGGACGCCUUGCAGCCCCUCAGGGGUGGGGCACGGGACUGGUUAUCUGAGGACGCCUCGCUUGGUCACACUCAGGGCAGGUCCGGCCCUCUCUCGGCGAUGGGCUCAGGCUCUCAGCACGCUCAGGCAGGGUCUGUCCCCCUCCAGUCACAUUUCCAGACUUUUCUUUGCAGCGUGAGGCCUAGAAACGCCCUGUUCCUUCUGCCCGGCACCUGGCACCGUGCCCAGGCUGGCUUUCGCUCCCCCCACUCCAGCAGCUGAAAGCAGAACCCGAGUCGUGGCCCCAUCACUUUUAUUGUCGCGGGUCGCUGGACAGAACUGUCAACAGCCAGUCCUAGCACGUCUCCAUCCGUGCACAGGGGGCGUGACUGAUCCCCCC